CUAGGGAUAGCAUCGUGCCCGUUUUUCUUUCACUCGUUAGUCGGUCCAAUUAGGCCUCGGCGAAAAGGAAAGUCUCACCAGAAUGGCAUCCAUACACUGCAGUCCGUUGUCCGGCGCUGCCCGGAGGAGUGCCGCAAGUUUUCUCCUACCAAAGUCCGUCUGCAGAGCUCAACCCAUCGCACCGCGACCACGGGCGCAGCCACGCCGACCAGUCUCCUCGAGCUCAAGACGACAAUACAAACAACCAGCAGACAACCCUGACUUCCAUUCCAUUCUCGAUAACCCACCCGAGCUGGUCCGAUCCGGUCGCAGACAUGGUCCCGGGCUUAUUAUCCUAGCCAUCAUACCGCUCACAGCCUUCGGCCUCGGCACGUGGCAAGUCUACCGCCUGCAAUGGAAGACGGACCUGCUGGCCAAGUGCGAGGACCGCCUCGUGCGGCCACCGCUCCCGCUCCCGCCUCGCGUCGACCCGGCCGCCGUCGAAGACUUUGACUACCGCCGCGUCUACGUCACCGGCCGCUUCCGCCACGACCAGGAGAUGCUCAUCGGUCCGCGCAUGAGGGACGGCGAGCAGGGCUACAUGGUCGUGACGCCGCUCGAGCCCAUCGCCGCCGAGAAGGUCGAGGCGCCUGCGGCCAACGGUGGCAGCGGCGACGGUGCCGGACCUUCGUUGUGGCAGCGUGUGUCUGGAUUCUUCUGGAGGAGUUCCGAUAGUGGGGGCAAAGAUGCUCCGGCUGGGUCCUCGGCGCCGCAGGUCGCGGAGCCGCCGCCGCCGGCAGUACUUGUGAACCGCGGCUGGGUCAGCAAAAAGUUGGGAGACCAGAAAGACCGCCCGGAGAGUCUGCCUGAGGGCCCUGUUACCGUCGAGGGCAUGAUACGGAAGCCGUGGAAGAAGAACAUGUUCACACCAGACAACAGGCCCGAUAUAGGGGAAUUCUACUUCCCCGAUGUUGAGCAAAUGGCUAGCCUUACAGGAAGCCAGCCCAUUUGGAUUGAGUCUACUAUGGAGCCGGGUCUAUUAGAGGUCCUUGAAAUGCAACGCAAGGGCAUUCCAAUUGGUAGGGCAGCCGAAGUUAACCUAAGGAAUAAUCAUGCCCAGUACAUUUUUACUUGGUAUGCGUUGGCUGCCGCAACCUCGAUCAUGUUCUACUUGGUGGUCAAGAAGCCAUCAAAAGAUGUGACGCGCCGUGUUCGUAAGAACUACAGUUGGUAGUGUAACGCUUGCUGCCUAAGCGUGCUUGGCAUCUGCACUAACCUUGUCGGUUGGCGCAUCGAUAUGAUGAGAAGUUCUGCGAGGGAUUCGCAAGUGGUUUUGACUUUGAAUCCAGUCGAACAAAAACCUGAUAUCGGUUCAUGUCUCAUCAAAAGAUGUGGUAUGCCCAGCGGCUUUACGGCGCUUCUUUAGAGGCGCCCGAGCCGGCAUCCGCAGCUCUUGCAGCAGUUCCCUUGGCAGAUGUCUCUGAGCGAGCGAGAACAAGGUAGUCUGCGGAUCGAUCUGUCUCUGCCUGUGGUUGAUUGGGGGUGUUAGCGUCAAUGAUCCGGGCUUGUAAUUGGAAACCAGGAAUAUACACCUGGCGUUGUAUAUGUAACACCAUCUCGUUCAUAUGGAAAACAAGCUCAAUAGAUACCCAAUAGAUUGUACAAUUGGAAA